UAUCUGGCUGAUCCACUGUGGAUGGAAAAACAGGGCUGGGCCGGCUGUAUGGAAAGCCUUUGAAAGCGGAGAAAACCGGUCACCGCAGCGUGACUAUCAGCUGAGAGAUCGCCGCCUGACCACUCGGGAGAACCGCGUGCCCCUGCAGACCCAAGCGCCCCUCCAGACUGGAGCACCCCUGCAGACCUGCGCGCCCUUCCGGACCCGAGCGCCCCUCCGGACCCGAGCGCCCCUGCAGCCUCAGGCCGUCUUUCCCGCGAUGCUCGAGAGCGCAGAGCUGAACUUCAACGCCGACCAUGGCUACCUGGAGGGCCUGGUGCGCGGCUGCAAGGCCGGCCUCCUGACACGGCGGGACUACGUCAACCUGGUCCAGUGUGAGAACCUGGAAGAUCUGAAAAUUCAUCUCCAGACCACAGAUUAUGGCAACUUCUUGGCUAAUCAAGCCACUCCUCUUACUGUUUCCGUUAUUGACAUGGAGAUGAGGAAAAAGCUGUGCAGAGAGUUUGAGUAUUUCCGGAAUCACUCCCUGGAGCCGCUAAGCACCUUUUUCACAUACAUGACGUGCAGUUACAUGAUCGACAAUGUGAUUCUCCUGAUGAAUGGCGCGCUGCAGAACAAGCCUGUGAAGGACGUUCUGGUCAAGUGCCACCCCCUGGGCCACUUCACCGAGAUGGAGGCAGUCAAUAUUGCAGAGACACCUUCUGACCUCUUCAAUGCCAUUCUGGUCGAGACACCCCUAGCUCCGUUCUUUCAAGACUGUACUUCUGAAAAUGCUCUAGAUGAACUGAAUAUUGAAAUCCUGCGUAAUAAACUAUACAAGUCCUACAUCGAGGCAUUCUAUAAAUUCUGUAAGAAUCAUGGUGAUGUCACAGCGGAAGUCAUGUGUCCCAUUCUGGAGUUUGAGGCUGACCGGCGUGCUUUUAUCAUCACUCUGAACUCCUUUGGCACCGAGUUGAGCAAAGAGGACCGGGAGACCCUCUACCCGACCUGCGGCAAGCUCCACCCCGAGGGGCUGCGCCUGCUGGCCCAGGCCGAGGACUUUGAGCAGAUGAAGAGGGUAUACAAGCCUUUGUUUGAGGCCGUAAGUGAUAGCAGCGGGGGAAAGACUUUGGAGGAUGUGUUUUAUGAGCGUGAGGUACAGAUGAACGUGCUGGCAUUUAACAGGCAAUUCCACUAUGGUGUGUUUUAUGCAUACACCAAGCUGAAGGAACAAGAAAUGAGAAAUAUCGUGUGGAUAGCUGAAUGCAUUUCACAGAGACAACGAACUAAAAUUAACAGUUACAUUCCAAUCUUAUAACCCAGUGAGGGGCCUCAAAUGUAGAAAAUCAUAAAUGUUAAGAGGAAGUUAUGAGGGAAAUAAAAGAGUUGUGUUGUAUUAUCUAGAUCACACAAAAGUAAGAGACGUUGCACUUCAUGAAUCAUACACCCACUGGAAACACAGCAAAGCAACCCUGAAACAAAGCAUAUCUUUUGCCAGGAGCCUUAAAUCUUGUUACAUCUCAUUCUUCACUGGGCCUUAGACAUUAAUUUUAAUUAACCUGUGGUGCUUUCCCUAUUCUCAUUUUCUUCUUAUAAAAUCAAAUCUAUUAAAAAGUGUUUUGCUUUUC